UUCCGUUCAGCAACUCAUGUGCUCUGACGUUCGUGAGAGGACUUCUCUUUGGACCCCGGUACCCUCAUUAGUCUCUUUGGUAACGCCUGUUUCUUCCGGCUUCAGCGCGUCUUGCCCAUCCAGUCCCUCCAGAUCGCGCCAUUCUCAUCAUGGUGGAUAGUAAGGUCCCUCAGCCGGGACCGGCCAAGUUGAAGCGCAAUGCAGGCCCCGAUGAAUGGCUGGAGGCGGCCAAGGACUGCAAAUAUCUUUCGGAGUCACACAUGAAACAGCUUUGUGAGAUUGUGAAGGAGUUCAUGAUGGAAGAAUCGAACAUUCAGCCAGUGUCGACGCCAGUGACAAUUUGUGGAGAUAUUCACGGCCAAUUUUAUGACCUGCUGGAGCUGUUCCGGGUCUCCGGAGGAAUGCCCGAUGAAUCAGAGGUCGAGCCGCCCAAGACGUCACCGUCUGUGAUUACCUCUGAGGAUAUCGAACCCCCGUCCACCAUUACCGAUCCUAAAUUACGGAAGAAAUUGAGGAACUCCGGACACUCGGAUGACUUUGCAGAUGAGAAUAACAGCCAGCGGGGCCGGUCUUCCAGCGCAGGCUCAAAGGAGGUGACAUUGAAUCGGAACUUUGUGUUCCUCGGUGACUACGUUGACAGAGGAUAUUUCAGCUUGGAGACUCUGACGUUGCUCUUGUGUCUCAAGGCCAAAUAUCCCGAUCGGGUCACAUUGGUGCGUGGUAACCACGAGUCUCGCCAGAUUACUCAGGUCUACGGCUUCUACGAGGAGUGCUUGCAGAAGUAUGGCAAUGCCUCGGUAUGGAAAGCUUGUUGCCAGGUUUUCGAUUUUAUGACGUUGGGCGCCAUCAUCGACGGCAGGGUGUUGUGUGUGCAUGGCGGGCUGAGCCCCGAAAUCAGAACCCUGGACCAAGUUCGUGUGGUUGCGAGAGCCCAGGAGAUUCCGCAUGAAGGUGCUUUCUGUGAUCUGGUCUGGUCUGAUCCCGAUGAGGUAGAAACAUGGGCCGUGAGUCCCAGAGGCGCUGGUUGGUUAUUCGGAGACAAAGUUGCGGACGAGUUCUGCCACGUCAAUGACCUGACCCUUAUCGCGCGCGCGCAUCAAUUGGUCAACGAGGGCUACAAGUACCACUUCGCCAACCAAAACGUGGUCACCGUGUGGAGCGCCCCCAACUACUGUUACCGAUGCGGCAACCUCGCCUCCGUAUGCGAGAUCGGGGAUGACCUGAAACCGACGUUCAAGCUCUUCAGUGCUGUCAGCGACGAUCAACGACACGUUCCGACAUCGCGGCCGGGCCGCAGUGAGUACUUUCUGUAACAUAUCGCAUGGCUACACUUUUAUUCUCGUCCGCUUGCAUUUGCAAGCCAUGAGGCGUUACUGCACCGGCGCUGGCGUUGGGAGUGGAUACAGAUGGGGCCCACGCAUUGUGGGUAGGACAGGUUAUGAGCAUCAUAUAUUACGAUUUGGGACACAGUUAAUGAAGUUUCUUCUUAUGCAUACUGGACUUUGGCCCGGGUGUUAGUUUACUGUCACAUUAUCAUGAAUCGGAUGAUCGUUAUG